UUCAGGCCCCGCCGGAGGCUCCAGCCCCUCGGGGGAGGCCCAGGCCGGCCCUGGCGUUGCCCGGAGUCCCCGAGGCUGAGGGGCCUCAUGUCUCUGAACCUUGUUCUUCCCCAUGAGGGACUCCUGGAGCAGGAGGAGGACGGCCCCCUCUGGGCCCUCGAUCAGGAAGCCGUGUCCUUCCGGGACGUGGUGGUGGACUUCACGGAGGAGGAAUGGGGGUGCCUGAGCCCCGCGCAGUGGCAGCUCUACAAGGAGGUGAUGCUGGAGAACUACCGAAACCUGGUGUCCCUGGGGCUAACAGAGGACAAACCAGACCUUAUCUCCCGGCUGGAACGAGGGGAAGAGCCGCCGGCCUGGGAUCUGCAGAGAGGAGUCUUGAGAAGCGCUCACACAUCUGAAGGAUGGAGUUCCACCAGGCACCUAGGAGCUAGUGGGUGGAGCAUCCUAUCUGGUCUGUUAGAAUAUAAACUUUUUGAGAAAAAAAAGAAAAAAGGAAGAAAACCUGAAACACUCACCGAGCAGAGAGGUCAUCAAUAUGCUGAUUUGGGGAACAACUUUCAUCAGAGCAUCCACAAGCACCUAGGAUCAUGGGAUUAUGGUGAAUGUGGAAAUCUCUCAGAUAACUACACACUCCUUAAUCAGUAUCAGAGAACUCAACCCUAUUAUUUCGAAAAAGGUGGACAGAAUUUCCAGAAGAAAGCAUUUCUUAUUCGAAACCAGAGAAUUCAUGCUCAAGAGAAAUCUUGUAAGAGUGAGGAAGCUUUCAUGAACUACUCAGCCAUCAUGAAUCAUGAAAGAAAUCGUAAUGAUGAGAAAUAUAAAUGUAGGCAAUGUGGAAUUUCCUUUCGGUGGAUCUCAGUUCUUAUUGAGCACCAGAAAAUUCACACUUGUGAUAAAUCCUAUGACCACGAGGAAUUUGGGCAAGUCUUUGGCCAGAAUUCAGACUUUAUUAAGCUUGAAGGAAUUCCCAGUGGAAAGAAACCAUAUAAGUGUAAGGAAUGUGGAACAGCCUUCAGUUGGCGCUCAUACCUCAUGGAACAUCAGAGAAUUCACACUGGUGAGAAACCUUAUAAAUGUAAGGAAUGUGGGAAGGCCUUCAGGCAGAGCUCAAGCCUGACCAAACAUCAGAGAAGUCAUACUGGUGAAAAGCCAUAUGAAUGUAACAAAUGUAGGAAAACCUUCAGCCAGAGCUCAUCCCUUAAUCAACACUUUAAAAUUCAUACCGGAGAGAAACCUUACAAAUGUAAGGAAUGCGAGAAGGUCUUCAGGCAGAAGUCACAUCUCAUUCGGCAUCAACUAAUUCACACUAGAAAGAGAGCUUAUGAGUACAAGGAAUUUGAAUGUGGCAAGGCCUUCAGCCAAAGCUCAAGCCUUAAUAAACACCAGAGAAUUCACACUGGAGAGAAACCAUACAAGUGUAAGGAGUGUGGAAAUGCCUUCAGCCAGAACUCAUCUCUUACUCAACACUUCAGAAUUCAUACUGGAGAGAAACCUUAUAAAUGUAAAGACUGUGGUAAGGCCUUCAGGCAAAACUCACAUCUUAUUCGACACCAGCUAAUUCACACUAGAGAAAAACCUUAUGAAUGCCAGGAGUGUGGGAAGGCCUUUAGCAAUAGUUCAGACAUUAUUAAAUAUGAAGGAAUUCAUACUGGAAAGAAACCAUUUGAGUGUAAAGACUGUGGGGCAGCCUUCAGUUGGCACUCAAACCUCUUGGAACAUCAGAGAACACACACAGGUGAGAAACCUUAUGAAUGUAAGGUAUGUGGGAAAGCCUUCAGUCAGAGCUCAUCCCUUACUCAGCACUUCAGAAUUCAUACUGGAGAGAAACCUUAUAAAUGUAAGGAAUGUGGCAAGGCCUUCAGACAGAACUCGCAUCUUAUUCGACAUCAGUUGAUUCACACUAGAGAGAAACCUUAUGAAUGUAAGGAAUGUGGAAAGGCCUUCAGCCAGAGUUCAGACAUUAUUAAACAUGAAAGAAUUCAUAGUGGAAAGAAACCAUAUGAGUGUAAGGAGUGUGGGGCAGCCUUCAGUUGGCGCUCAUACCUCAUUCAGCAUCAGAGAACUCAUACAGUUGAGAAACCUUAUGAAUGCAAGGAAUGUGGGAAGGCCUUUAGCCAAAGCUCAUCCCUUAUUCAGCAUCACAGAAUUCAUACUGGUGAGAAACCUUAUGAAUGUAAGGAAUGUGGGAAGGCCUUUAGUCAGAGAUCAUCCCUUAUUCAACAUCAUAGAAUUCAUACAGGAGAGAAACCUUACAAAUGUAAGGAUUGUGGAGCAGUGUUCAGUGGGCACUCAGGCCUUAUCCAGCAUGAGAGGAUUCACACUGGUGAGAAACCUUAUGAAUGUAAGGAAUGUGGAAAAGCCUUUAGGCAGAGCUCAGCCCUCAUUCAUCAUCAAAUAAUUCAUACUGGAGAAAAACCUUACAAAUGUAAAGACUGUGGGAAGGCUUUCCGCUGGAAUGCAGUUUUUAUAGAACAUCAGAAAAUCCACACUGGAGAGAUACCUUAUGAAUGUAAAGAAUGUGGCAAGGCCUUCAUCCAGAGAGCAGCACUUACCCAUCAUCAAAGAAUUCAUACUGGAGAGAAACCUUACAGAUGUAAGCAGUGUGGGAAGGCCUUCAUCCAGAGAUCAUCCCUUACCCAUCAUCAGAGAAUUCAUACUGGAGAGAAGCCUUACAAAUGCAAGCAAUGCGGGAAGGCUUUUAUCCAGAGAUCGGACCUGACACGACAUCACAUAAUUCAUACUGGAGAGAAACCUUAUGAAUGAAAGAAUUUGGGACAGCUUUCCUCUAGACCUUGGCCCCUGUUAAAUACCAAUAAAGCCAUACUAGAGGGGGAAGAAAAUUGAGUGUAAGGAUCAAGGAAAAGAUUUCAGUUGGGUCUUGGCCUUUGUAGGAUGCAAAUUAAUUCAUGGUAUGUGAACCUUAUUGUGGAAACAUCCUUUUUAUUCAUCUGAAAAUGUUAAGAAAUAAUAUUCCUUCCAGCCUAAAGCCCUUUCAAGACUUUUCUCUUUAGAAAAGAGGCUAAGAGAAUAGGGAUUAAGGAUAGUAACCAAACUUAGAACUAAGAAAUAACUGUUGUUCAGUUGAAAUCCUUGCCUUCCCCACCCUUUAAGUAACUGGUGCUAUGACCCACUCAAGGGCAGUGACCUCUUUUCCAUUUAAGGUUUAAGAUAUUGAAUAGGUAGGAGGCCCUUUCCGUUCUUUACUGGAAGUGGCUAAAGAAGGAAUCUAGUAGUUUUAGUUGAAGCAUAAGUAACUGUAUUAUUCUAGAAUGUUGACUUCCUCCACCAAAAAACUACCCCAACAACCUUUUUUUUUUUAAAAAAUUGUAACCUUUUUCUUAUUCAAGAUUCCUAUAAAUGUUACCUCAAAAUUAUCUUGGGGUAGAGAAAUGUCCUGGGGAUUAUAUCAGUGUGGACAUCUCUCUCUCUAAGGUAGAAGUACUUGGAUUUAGAAUACUGUUUAAUAAAAUUGUUUCUGGCAGACUUGUGCUUAAAAUAAAAAGU